AUGUCAUCGUCGGGAUGGUUAAAGGGGUUUGGAUUCCACCUUGGCCAUCAGUUUUACAUGGAUGACCUCAAGUUGUAUACUAGAAGUUCAAGGGAUUUGGGUCGUCAAAUUGCGGUUGUGACGAGGGUAGCGGCGGCAGCCGGUAUGAACAUCAACGUGGGGAAGAGUGCGCAAGUCCACUAUGAUCCGCGCGCAAGGCAGGAAGCGGAUUCGGAAGUGGGUGAAGGUGGUGAGGUGGAUUUGCCGAUGUUAGCCCCCACCGAAGCCUACAAAUAUCUGGGCGUGGAGCAACGUCUACUGGCCACGGAUCGGGCUGUCGAGCGAUUCGAGGAGGCAAAUCCACGCAUUUUGAAACCUUUAGCUAAAAAAAAACGCGGGAAAUAUCCCCACAAAGUUCCAUCCUCUUAUCUUGCCUGGUUCACGAGAUCGCUUUCCUGUCGUAGUAUUUGCAUAUUUUUUUAA